UUUGAUAUGACAUCCCUGUCUGGCAGCCAGGAGGUGAGCCUGGCCGAGCUGCGCAUCCGUCCGCAUGCUCUGUCCUUGUCCUUGUCCCACAACAUCACCAUGGACAUCUACCACAGCCCGCGGCAGCCGUGCCAGGGCACCAAGGAACUCUUCCUGGGCACCGUGGCUGGUGGUCCCUCAUUCCAUCAGGCCGGUUGGGCAGUGUUCAACAUCACCAACACCCUCAGGGCAUGGCUGCACCAGGACACAGCUCCUGAUCCUUCAGCCGCCCCGCUCACUGCCCCACCGGACCCCCAGGAGACAGCAGUGCCCCAGGAGUUGGCAGACAGCGUCCUGCUGCUCGUCUUCUCCAAGGACAAAGCACCUGGAGAGCACAGCCUCCUCAGGGCAGUGGAGAACUCCAAGCACAUCAUGCGUGAUGGUCCCAGGGAUGUCAGCACUCGUCGGCACCGCCGCACCGGGAAGGAGAGGCAGAGGCUCAGGAUGAACGAUGCUCCUGCUGCCAGCCAGGGGGAUGAGGCCAAGUCCCUGUGCAGGAGGGUGGACAUGACAGUGGACUUUGAACAGACAGGCUGGGGCAGCUGGAUCGUCUACCCCAAAAAGUACAACGCCUACCGCUGCGAGGGGCUGUGCCCAUCACCUGUGGAUGAGAGCUUCAAGCCCACCAAUCACGCGUACAUGCAGAGCCUGCUGCAGCUCUACAAGCCCAACCAGGUGCCGUGCCCUGCCUGCUCCCCCGUCAGGAUGAGCCCCCUCUCCAUGCUGUACUACGAGAAGGGUGAGAUCGUCGUACGCCACCACGAGGAUAUGGUCAUCGAGGAGUGCGGCUGCAACUGAGGGAGCUCAGCCCCCACUGCACCCAGCCCACAGCUCCUCUGCAUCCCACACGCCUGCAGGUCUGGCUGUGCUGGGACAGGAGAGGGGAUGCAGCAGGGAACGUCCCUGCAG